AAACUGAUGUUGGAAUGUGACCUACAGCUAUAUCAACAGAGUCAUUUUCAUUCUGAUGAGGAGUAUCUCAGCCUGUUAAGACACAGACAGCAGCUACAGAAGGUACGCGUGGCAAUCCACAGGCAGUCAGAGGAGGAGCUGAAGGAGGCCUGGCAGGAGGAUGCAAGAAUGAGCAGGGAGGUGGAUGUACAGAGAGUAGAGGUGCAGAGGCUUCAAGAGGAGUUACAGAAGGAGGAGGAGAAGAUGGAAAGUGCCAUCAGAGAGAAACAGAGCCUAAGCACUUACAUAAGGCAGCUGACCCAAGAACUAGAGGAGCUACGCAGCAAACACCAAGUGACAGUGGAAGAUUUGGCAGCCCAAGCAAAGCGGAUGGAGGGGUAUCUGAAUGAGGGAAAGCUAGGAGAGGAGAAAAUAAGGUCAAUGGCUAUGAGACUGGAGACGGAGGUGGCAGAGCUCAGGAAGAACCUUCAACAACUGUCAAUCAGAAAUUUAAGGCAGAAAAGGAGAAGCAAACAGGAAAAGGGUUUCCAACGAGAGCCUCACUGCCCAGAUGAAGGCCCAAACCAAGAUGCUGUUCAUUGUCACCGAAGGGAAAGGACAUCUUCGGGAGUCUAAUGACACAUUGAAGGUGGAGGUAAAGAGACUGAAAGAAGUGUUUUAUAAGAAGGAGAGAGACAUUGAAUGCUUCAAGGCCCAAAUCCGAGGCCUGGACAUCCCGCAAGAUUAGAGAACCAUGGAGAAUCAGAGUUGUGUGGCUCUAAACCUCAGCAAAAUCGAGGAAAUGCAAACCAGACUGCGAAGCAACCUGGAGGCCGUCAGAAUGCUAAUCAACAAUUAAACGCAGCGGGGAGAAUAAGCGGUUGUGCAGGCAGCUGGAGGAGGAGAGGUUCAUGCGUAGACAAGUGGAGCAA